GGCCCGCCGGCUGCAGUUCGCUCCACUCUCUUGGUGGCGCCGCCGGAGGAACCGCAGCAGCAGCCAGGCUGGGGAAGUCAAUCGGCGCCAUGGAAGAUGCGGAGAAGGGCAAAGCCAACCGCGAGAGGCGGGAGCUCAAGAUCGGCGAAGGUUCUGAUCAUGGCCUUGGGGUGUGCGGAUGGCUGCUAGUCGUCGUCUCCUUCAUUUUGAUUGUGGUAACUUUCCCCAUCUCCAUCUGGAUGUGCAUAAAGAUAGUGAAGGAGUACGAGCGAGCCAUCAUCUUCCGGCUGGGGCGUAUCUUAAGAGGAGGCGCAAAAGGGCCAGGCCUAUUUUUUGUCUUGCCUUGUACAGACAACAUUAUCAAAGUGGACAUGCGGACAAUAUCCUUCGACAUACCUCCACAAGAAAUCCUUACCAAAGAUUCAGUAACAGUUAAUGUGGAUGGUGUGGUUUAUUACCGAGUUCAGAAUGCAACCCUUGCUGUAGCGAACAUCACCAAUGCUGAUUCUGCCACUCGGCUCUUGGCCCAAACCACCCUGAGGAACGUUCUGGGUACCAAGAACCUCUCCCAGAUCCUCUCUGACCGGGAAGAAAUUGCACACAGCAUGCAGAACACCCUCGAUGAUGCCACUGAUGACUGGGGGAUAAAAGUGGAGCGCGUGGAGAUCAAAGACGUGAAGCUGCCCAUCCAGCUCCAGAGAGCAAUGGCCGCUGAAGCAGAAGCAGCCCGGGAGGCGAGAGCCAAGGUAAUUGCGGCAGAGGGUGAAAUGAAUGCCUCCAGAGCCCUGAAGGAAGCCUCCAUCGUCAUCUCGGAGUCUCCCGCGGCCCUCCAGCUCCGCUACCUCCAGACCCUGACCACCAUCGCUGCUGAAAAGAACUCCACGAUUGUCUUCCCAUUGCCCAUAGACAUGCUGCAAGGCAUCGUGGGGACUAAACGCUAGCAGUGAAGGAGGCCAGAUUCCUUAAAAGGGCAAGGCUGUGUUGCAGAGAGGAAAAGAAUGGGGGAAUGAAUAGUUAUGUCUCGCUUUCCACAUAGACGCGCGUCCUGUGAUUUGUGUCUGUUGGCGACCUGUAUCCCGUUGCUGUUUAUCUGAACAAAUUAUGCUUUGAUUUUAGACUGUGUCGUCAGAAAAUUCGGUCUUUCAAUCAGUCUGUUCUGAGAGAAAGAAAUAGAGUUUUAAGAUCUGCCUGCCUUUGACGGCUGGAGAAUGCCACAGCGUCUCUGUGAAACAGGCACAGAUGACUUUUUGCAAACAUCAUAACAUUUUUCCUCCUGGGAAGCAGCCUCUCAGGGGUGAAUCAGAAGUGGAACUUUCCACCUCCUGCCUUGCUCAGCAAGUAGAGAAGGAAUGAACACAGAGUAGUUAUGGGAACAAUAUGCUUGUAGCUACGAUGUUCAGCCAUUCUCGAGUGCUUUUGUUUUGUGUGCAGACUAACAAAAAAUGCCUUCUGUAAGCACUUGAAAAUGCCUCUGGAUCUGCCUUUUUAUUUGUAUGUUUUUUAAAUAAAAUAAAUGUGUGCUUUUUAAAAAAUAAAAUCCUCUUAUUUUUAGAUGACUAU